AUUGUUUAAGUGUACUGUUUUCCAAUGGCAGCUCUUGCGCUAAUAGUAUGAAUUGAUCUCAAGAAUGGAUUACUCCAAACUUAGUAGCUAUCGACACGCCGAUCCUUUAAAAGUACGUCAAGUUUGGGAUGCUUUCGGUGUACUUAAAUCCAACCGACUAGCAGUACCAGCAGACAAAAUUAGCAAAAUUCUUCGCAAGACAUUAAAUCUCAAAGACGACCAGAUAAGGUUACUCCUUGAUGAAAUUGAAGGUGAUGGAUUAAUUGAAAAAAUAGAGCCUCCGUUCGGUAAAAAUGGUAUGGUUCGUUACCAGCUUCCUGACUUUUCGAAACAGCAUCCUAGAGGCAAACAUGAUUGGUAUUGCUUUCAGUGUCAUAGACCGGGUGAAGUUUUACGCUGUCUCGAUUGUUUCCGUGUAUAUCAUUCUGAUUGUGUUCAAGAAGCAUCUGGUCCUAAUAGUCCAUCAAGAAAGUCUAUGCGUUCACCGACUCUUCAUGAUGGACAGGAAGAUAAUUUUACUUGUCCUGUAUGCGAAUCUCGACCAAAAUGUGAAUUCUCCCGCAAACAGAUAAGGAAGCUAUUGGAAUUUGCAACCCAUCAAUUGAGGAAGCAGCCAUUGUGGAAAACAUUUAUUCAAGUUGGUUAUAAAGGUGAAAUAACAAAAAAUGAGUACCUUGUGUAUAAGUACACUGAUCUAGAGUUAUUGCAACGCAAGAUAAAAGAUGGUCGGUAUGCCGCUCUAGAGGAAUUUUCUAUGGAUGUACAAUUGCUUGUUCAUGAUGUCUGCAUUCUUCAUGGCCCUUAUAGUAAUCAGGCCGAUGAGAUACGAUUUUUCUUUCGAUCUGUUAAUGCAGAAUUAAAUGAAAUUCAACUGUGUACUGACUGUUAUAUCAAUGCUAAGGCUCGUGUUACAGACUGGAUCAGUAAACCCUGCAAACCACGUCAUGAACUGAUAUGGGCACGCAAUCGCACAUCAGCAGGCGCUGGCCUGUUUAACGAUACUUCAGUCUCUCAGUUCUAUUGGCCUGCAAAAGUUUUGUUGGAGCGCGAUGAUGGAUAUGAGCUAAUACGUAAUCGCUACUAAUAGCUUAGGGAACAGUGCUUAAUAAUUACAAGCUAGACCGAUACUUGAACUUACGUUACGUUUCAUUAGAAUGUGGUUAAGGUUAGAUUCCUGACUAGUUUAUUUAUCUUCUAUAUAAUACACGUUGCUUGACCUAGCACAUGUAUUCGAAGUUUCUAUGAAAUAAAUCGACCUUUAUCUGUUUCAAGAAAUUUACUUUCAGAAUAUGCAUGCUCAACAAAUAAGUAUACAUAGUGAUAUUUCAGUCCCAUGUAACAACACCAUGGCUUAGACAAUUUGAGUUUAUUUGAUGCAUAAUUUGUUGUUUUCAGGUGAGUCACUCUAUUUGUGGAUACACAAAGUUGAUUUUGUUAAUCAUUUUAUUUUACAAUUGUACAGUAGCAAAUCUCAAAGUUGUCUUUAGUUUUGGGGCUCUUUAAGUUAGGUUUAUUCACUUCGGACUGGUAUAGUGAAUUUUGGAUUUAAUUUUAUAAAUUUUAUCGUUUUGUUUUUUAAUGUGCGUUCUAGAUACGCUUCUUUGGAGGCUCCCAUGAGCGGAUGUUCGUAAAGAAAGCCCAUACUCGUGCUUUUCACCUCCCAGCUGAUGAAGUUGGUGUACUUCGACGUUCAAACGCGACGGGUGUGAUCUCAGGUGGAGGAUUUGAACGAGCUUGGAAUGAAGUUAGUAAAUUACAAGCUAACAUCGAUAGUGGAUAUUACACGCAUUCUUCUGGUGAAAGCGAUCUUCCGCCAUCUGAUGAUGAUUACUCAGAUGAAAUGUAUCUUGGUCCGCGGCGUAAAACCCUCAUCCAGAACCAACGUUCACAUCGUGCAGAUAGUCCUAGAUCGUCUCUUACUUCUGGCAAUACCAAGGCUAAUAAGAGAAGGCGUCACACUUCUUCAAGCAGUCAUCAAACAACUACUAGUGAUACUCCUACUGGUGGCUCACCCGCUCGUGAUGCCUCACCAUGUACUCAUGGUGGCAAGCACUUCAGAACUCAUGGUCUUUUGCUUAAUUCGCACACCGAUCCUACUGACAAAAGAUUGGCGAGUAAUCGUCUUCCAAUGCCGGUUGUUCAACCCGGUACUCCAGGCGCUGCAGCUAUAUCCGCUUUAGCAGAGACAAAAGCAGCUAUGGCAGCUGCAGUUGGGUCUGGUCGCAGGCCCGCUGGAUCAUUUACUGCUGACCUCUUAUCUUUAACCCGUCGUAAUCAUGAUAAACCCUAUCGAAAACAAUCAAAAGAAAAUCAUCCAAACGUUCCUAUUCGUGGUCAACGGGGUCGAGGGAGACCCCCUCUUCGAGAUAGCAAAGGAAGACCUAUUCGGCGGCGCAAAUAUCGAAGUUCGUCCUCAUCACCCCAUUCUUCAGAUAGCCCAUCUUCGUCUGUUUCAUCAGGUUCUUUGUCAGAAGUAGAUGUUCCUCGCACCGCAAAUAAUGGUUCUCAAAACAACUGGUGUUCCAAUUCCUCUACUGAUUGGAAAGUUAAUAAGACUGAAAUGCCACGUCGUGGACGUCCGCCUAAAUCUAGAGGUCGUGUAAAAGCUGUUAAUGAUGUUGCCCGUUCAAGUUGGUGUUCACCGAGAGCUGAAAGUUCAGAUGCUGAAGGCAAUUCGGAAUUGUGGACGAAAUUGGGUUCUUCAAGUGUUAUAAAACCUAGUCCAUCUCGAGGACGACCGAAGUUAGCUGCCUCAAAUAACUCUCUUAAUCGUAUUGAAGAUGCUAAAAGAAAACGGUUAACGAUUCCAAGUAAAAAUCCGAUCCAAGAUACAGAGAAUUCCGGUAGUAAACGUUCUAAAAGGUAUUCCAAACAAAUGGAUAGUUUUGGUAAUGUUCGAGAUGAAGAUGAUGAGCUCACUGACCGAUGUGAUUCUCCCAUUGGAAACGACAGUCAGAAUUUGAGGCACUCAAAUAACUAUCGUUGGCAUUCGCAUCAUUCAUCAAGUGUUUACAACGCAUCGGGCACACCUGUUUCUUCAGUGAGAAAAUCUGGAAUUAACGAUUCGAGUAUCCAUAAAACAUCACCAUCUAAGAAGGCGUCUACUGCUAAACAGCGUUCUUCUCAUUCUAGCAAUUAUAGUACAUGCUCUUCGCCCUCUUCUUCUGAUAUGGAUGACAACGAUGAGAGUGGACGCAGACAUCGUAAUAUUGUCAAGGUUGACGAUGAAGAUGAUGACCGUAGAUUCCGUAGUCCAACUCGCAGUGGUUCAAGCAACAAGGAUAGAACUUCUGGAGCAAGCAGUACAAUGUUACGUCGACCACCAUUCGCUCCCCCUUUGAAUACAUCUGGAUCCAUUAGUAAUUCGAUCACCGCUAAUGAUCGGAACAGUUUAUCUACUGCUACAAACUUAUUUUCUCAUACUGGUCAAAAUCUUUUUUCUCCAUGCAAUGAUUCAGUUGUUACGAUGAAUUCUUCAGUGAAUUCAGGAACUUCAUCCACUAAUAACAGACUAAGUGGUUCCAUUCAUCCUACUACAUCUAAUGCUAAUCUUUCUUCACAUUUUAUAUCUUCAGGUGCCUUGUCUAGCAAUUCAAAUAAUGUUGUUACUACUCCCGGAAUGUCUACUCUUCCACGUUCACACUUGCCGCCAAAUAAACGUGCUGCUGCUGCAGCUACAGCAGCAGCUCUAAACAGAGACUCAGUAGGAGGAGGAGGAAAUGAUGUUUCAAAUGAAACUAAUCAACGUCAAGCUUCAGUAAAAAGUCCUGAAAUUUCUGUGACAUCCUCUCCAAGAAAACAACUUCAUAAAGGAAUUCAGACCCCAGCCAGUAUGGAAAUGCCAACAUCGUCUCAACAACCAUGUUCACAGUGUAAGGAACGUGAAGCUGAACGGUUGAUUGCAGCUAAUGAUACUAAAAGAGCUUUGCGAGAACUUGAAGAGAAACUUAUAGCUCAAUUUAAAGAAGAGAAAGCUGCCGCUUUACAUUCAGCUCUUGAACAAGCUCAAGCUAGUGCUCGUGAGGCUAUUGAACAUGAACGUAAAUUAGCUCAUGAUACUUUGGAAGCUGCUGAGGCAAGAUUUGCAGAAGUUAUUGUUCAAACUAAACGUCGACAAUGGUGUCGUAAUUGUCUUAUGGAGGCUAUCUAUCAUUGUUGUUGGAAUACUUCCUACUGUAGUACACAAUGCCAACAGGAGCAUUGGCAAAAAGAACAUAAACGUCAGUGUCGUAGAAAACGAUGACUUUCAAUCAUAUGCAUACCUUAUAUAUAUAUAUAUAUAUAUCAAUCUUGUAUAUAAUCUUGUUAUUUUGUCUAUUCCACAUACAUGUACAUUACUUUUGCCUUUGUUAUAAUUAUAAUCGCUGAUUAUGCCACGUCAAUAUUCAUGGUUUUUUUCGAUUUCUGUUUAUUUGUUAUUCACAAUCAUGGACAUAGUCAAUCUCUUUACUACAUCUUCAAGAAAGAAAAGCAUUUCAGUAACUUUUUCACUUCAAAUCUUUUUUGUUUCUCAGUGUGUUUGUGUGUAUGUAUAGGCAGCUGUUCAUUUCUGAUUAUCUUUCCUUAUUAUAUACAAAUUAAUUAAAUCGUAAAUAAUUCAGCUUACAAUGCAUAACCACUAUUAAUACUCGUUUGUGUUUAUGUAUGAUGUAUUUUUCAGUUUAAUUUCCUUCUUCUAAUUUAUGUUUAUCUAAAAUUGUAGUAGUCCAAUUGUGACUGCUUUUUUUAUUCUUGUAUUAUAGUCGU